GAGCUGUCAACUUGCAACUUGACCCGGAGGAGAAGCAGCAGCUCGAUCGGCCAUUUUGGGAAAGAAGGGGCUUUUCUAUCACCACGUGAGGGGUGGAGGGGUGUCCGAAAAGGGCAACAGAGCCGAGCUGAGCAAAAGGGGGGGCAAAACUCGAUCAGGGAGAAGCGACUAGCUUACGAAGCCCGACACUCAUUUCACAUGUGCUAAACCUUAGGAAAUACUGUUCAGAAGAUGCCGACUGUAACCUUACCGCCGAAAGAAAACGCUCUCUUCAAGAGAAUUCUGAGAUGCUAUGAGCACAAGCAGUACAGAAAUGGGCUGAAGUUCUGCAAGCAGAUUUUGUCUAACCCCAAGUUUUCUGAGCAUGGAGAGACGCUGGCGAUGAAGGGGUUGACACUCAACUGCUUGGGGAAGAAGGAAGAGGCGUACGAUCUUGUCCGCCGUGGGCUAAGAAAUGACCUCAAGAGCCAUGUCUGCUGGCACGUGUACGGUUUGCUUCAGCGCUCUGAUAAGAAGUACGACGAGGCCAUUAAGUGCUACAGGAACGCUCUGAAAUGGGACAAAGACAACCUGCAGAUCCUGAGAGACCUUUCCCUGCUGCAGAUCCAAAUGAGGGACCUAGAGGGCUACAGGGAGACCCGGUACCAGCUGCUGCAGUUACGACCUGCUCAGCGGGCAUCAUGGAUCGGUUACGCCAUUGCAUACCACCUACUGGAGGACUACGAGAUGGCCGCCAAGAUUAUCGAAGAGUUUCGGAAAACGCAGCAGACUUCUCCAGAUAAAGUGGAUUAUGAAUACAGUGAGCUGUUGCUGUAUCAGAAUCAGGUGCUAAGAGAGGCUGGGCUCCUCAAAGAGGCUCUAGAGCACCUCACUACCUACGAGAAACAGAUCUGUGACAAGCUGGCUGUGGAAGAGACCAGAGGGGAGCUACUGCUGAGCCUGGGCCGUUUCGAGGAAUCAGCAGACGUGUACAGAAGACUACAAGAGAGGAACCCCGAGAACUGGUCUUAUUACCAUGGCCUGGAAAAAGCCCUCAAACCUGCCACUACAGAGGAGAAGCUGAAGAUAUAUGAGGAGGCCUGGGUGAAGUUUCCGAAAGGCUUGGUGCCUCGCAGGCUACCGCUCAACUUCCUUUCUGGUGAGAAGUUUCGGGAGUGUCUGGAUAAGUAUUUAAGAAUGAACUUUAGCAAAGGCUGCCCUCCGGUCUUCACUACACUCAAACCAUUAUACCAAGACAAAGACAAGGUGGCAAUAAUUGAAGAAUUAGUAGUAGGUUUUGAAACGUCUUUAAAUAGCUGCAGAAUGUUUAAUCAAAACGAUGAUGGAAAGGAGGAGCCGCCCACCACGUUACUCUGGGUGCAGUACUUCCUGGCACAGCACUACGAUCAGAUUGGGCAGCAGACGCUUGCACUAGAGUACAUCAAUGCCGCAAUAGAGAGCACGCCAACGCUCAUCGAGCUCUUCCUAGUCAAAGCCAAGAUAUAUAAGCAUGCUGGGAACAUCCGGGAAGCAGCUCGCUGGAUGGAUGAGGCUCAGGCUCUGGACACCGCUGACCGCUUCAUUAACUCAAAAUGCGCCAAGUACUUGCUCAAAGCAGGCCUGGUUAAAGAAGCAGAGGAGAUGUGCUCAAAGUUCACACGGGAGGGGGCGUCGGCGGUAGAGAACCUGAACGAGAUGCAAUGCAUGUGGUUUCAGACAGAGUGUGCGCUGGCAUAUAAAUCUAUGAAGAAAUAUGGGGACGCACUCAAAAAAUGCCACGAGAUCGAGAGGCACUUUGUGGAGAUAACAGACGAUCAGUUUGACUUCCAUACGUACUGCAUGCGGAAGAUGACGCUUCGCUCGUAUGUAGACCUGUUAAAGCUGGAGGACGUGCUGCGCAUGCACCCGUUCUACUACAAAGCUGCAAGCACCGCCAUCCAAAUCUACCUCAACCUGCAUGAUAACCCUCUGACCGAUGACAGCAAGGAGCUACAGGCUGAUACCGGUAACCUUACGGACAAAGAGCUGAAGAAGCUGCGGAACAAGCAGAGGCGAGCACAGAAGAAAGCUCAGCUGGAGGAAGAAAAGAAGAAUGCUGAGAAAGAGAAGCAGCUCAAGAACCAGAAAAAGAAAAAAGAAGAUGAUGACGAGGAGAUCGGAGGCCCCAAAGAGGAACUUAUACCAGAAAAGCUGGCUAAGGUGGAAAACCCAUUAGAUGAGGCCGUAAAGUUUCUGAUUCCUUUGAAAAACCUGGUGAAGAAUAAGAUCGAGACUCACCUCCUGGCCUUUGAGAUCUACUUCAGAAAAGACAAGUUCUUGUUAAUGCUGCAGUCGGUGAAGAGGGCUUACGCUAUAGAUCCAGAUCACCCCUGGCUUCAUCAGUGUCUAGUGCGCUUCUUCAAAAGAGUAUCGGAGGCUAAAGAUUUGGCAGAGCCGGUGCGCAUAGUUCUCAAGCAGGAAAUCUCUCGGUUGUUCGGUGACAGCAAUGCCAAGAGCUUCAACCAAGCCUUCCUUAGCAAGCACUCAAACUCAAUCCCUCACCGAUUUGCAGCUGCCAAAGGCAUGUUCUACUUAGACCCUUCGACUCAGAAGAAGGCAGUGGAGCUUGCUGCAGCACUGGACGAAUCGCUUAAUAACAGAAACAUUCAGAUCUGCACAGAGGUGUUGGAGAGCCUGCGUGACGGCAGGCUGGGAGAAGCCACAGAGACGGCCGAGUCGUACCGGGCAGAGUGUCACAAGAUCUACCCGUACACGCUGGCCUUCAUGCCUCCCGGCUAUGAGGAAAACACGAAGAUUGCCGUAAAUGGGGACCUCUCCACGGAAACCGAGGAGCUAGCCAAUGACAUGUGAACACCUGAAAAAGGGGAUGGGGCUAAGGGAGCAAGGGGGCAGAGAAGGAGGAGGUGUAACGGCGCCAUUUUUCAAACACCCAAGAUGACAUGUUGCUGAAUUUCCCACGUCCUGUUCACCCCCUGAAAUCGGGAUCGGGACCGAGAGGCGACGAGGGCGUCUGCAGAGAGGAGGACGUGAGGGGAGGGGGGAGGAGGAGGAGGAAGAAGAAGAAUAAAAUGGCCAUUUUACUUUUUUAACCUUGCUGAUGACUACUCUCUAACUGAAACCUAGACGACACGCAAACGCUCUGUUGUGAACCGUGUCUGAAGGCGGCGAGCUACAAAGUGUGGGUUAAUUAACUGUGCAAAAACAAAAGGCGAAUCCCAUAGUCAACCAACCGAGCUCACUCAAACCCAUCUUUCCCCCCUCUGUUUUAAAGAGUAAUUUAUAUGAAAAAUAAAAACGGCAUAAAACGA